AUGUGCACCAGAGCCUGUCCCGCUGCAUUUUCAUCCAAGUUUUGUAGGAUAUCUCGAAUAGCUCGAUGCCUGAUAGAGUUCAGGUGUAGAUUCGGAAAUAAGGAUGCGAUGGAAAGCAAGAUACUCUCUUCUUCUAGGCUGAUGUGCUUGAGUCCACCCCAGGUCGAAGGAAAUGUGACUCUCCGUCUGAUGGCACAAGGGAUGCAAUUGAACAACAAUGCCAUGCUUUUCGAGUAUCAGAAGGUCUUCAACCUAUACAGCUUCACGCCUCAGUCAUUCUUGGCGGGAUACGAGGUGAAUGUGACCAUCAUUGGGUCUGCAUUCAUGAGAUACUCUGAGUACCAAUGCGUUUUAGGAAAACAUGAGGUUCGUGCCGCAUGGCUGUCCUCAUCAUGUUUGGUAUGUAAGUCAGGGAUCCACCGAGAGGCAUCAUGGAUCGCCUUGAGCAUCUGCACGGGCAACAUUUCACAAUCUUGCGUCGUCAUGAAGCACAAAGCUCGCGUUUCCCCCAGGCCUGAAGUACAGAGCAUCAAACCAUCCAAUGGGCCAUCGCUCGGUGGGACGAGAUUGACGAUCUUUGGAAAAUACCUUGAUUUGAUCAAUGCCAAGUGCACUUUUGGAUUUGCAGGUACAACUCCAGCAAGAGCAGAGACUUCGUCGCUUGCUACCUGUAUCACCCCUUGUACAGAUCCGGGGAUCGAAAGCUUUGGGUAUGGGUUUGAGCUAUGGGAGUACUUAGGUCCCUUGACGUAUACAUUCAUCAGCGAAACUACAAUUCUUAGUGCAAGCCCAACUUAUGCAGUCUUAUGCAAGAAUGAAGCGAUCACGGUGCAUGGAUUCAACUUCGACGCAAAAACAAGCUCGUGUUACAUGAAUGAUAUGAGGACAACACUACGACUUCUGGACCAGUACACUGCUAUUUGUACUUUGCCUUGUCUGGAAGAAUUUCUGGGUAGAAUAGUACUGAGGCAGCUCCCCGAUAGCUAUCUCACCGACAAGAUCUCCACUCCAAGGAGGUAUUCGUAUUAG